CGUCGGACGCUGUUCUGUUCUCCGCCGAAGACGUUUAAUGCUUUGGCGAAAAUAUGCUAACGUUCCCAACGUCCCGUAUGCUAGCUUAGCGGCUCCGGAGAAGGGAAGUACUCUUUAACGUUCGGAACAGCCCGUAGACGUCAUCAGCAUGUAUGCUGUGUUUAAAAGGUUACGCCCGGGGAGGUGAUUGCUUAGGAAAGAAGAAUACUCGCAUAAAGAAGUCGGUGCAAGCCAAAAGUCAAGCAAAGCUAUACUGGGUGUCCUAAAUGGGGGACUACGGGUUUGGAGUUCUGGUGAAGAGCAGCAGUGGUAACAAGUCUGCGUUCCCUGUAAGGAUCCCUCCUCACCUCCAACCCCAGCACCCCCACCACCCCGCCAACCCCCCCAGCCCCCCUUCCUUCGUCAACAACACCUGCUCCACCAAUGGGGGCAGUGCUUGGCUGUUCCCCGCCGUAGCCCAACACGGCAACAUGCAAGAUGAGAUCCUGGAGUCGGACAAGUCCAAGGCUCUAGACCUCCAGGAGAUGCAGGAGAAGUCUCAGGUCCAGGUCCAGCCUCAGGCCCUCUCUCCGGGCCAGCAGGAGGCCGGCGCAACCUUGGGGGAGCUUGAGGGAGCUCUGCCUGAUGACGGCUUGAUGGAGAAAGGUUCUUUGGAAAGCAGUGGCGGGAAGGAGAAGCUAAGGAUGGAGUCUCCAGUGCUUAGUGGUUUCGACUACCAGGACGCCCUGGGGAUGGGUACAGGCUGCACACAAUCCACCUCCUCCUCGCUGACCAGCUUCAACAACUGGUCACCUGCUGUUCCAUCCACCCAUUCCCCAGUAGUCGGUGAUGACGUUGGGGGAUUCUUUGGCCCUGCCGGCACCAACGGCAAUGCACCGCCUUUGCUGUUCCAGAGCUUCUCCCACCACACCGGGCCUGGCUUCAACGCGGGAGGAAAUUUCUCCCCACAGAUCGGACCGGUCGCACAGCACCACCCUCCCACGCCCCACCCCCAGCCCUAUCACCCCCACGGCCAGGGAGUUCCACCGCAGCACCGGCGCUCCCCAGCUAGCCCUCACCCGCCUCAGCCCUCCUUCCCUCCGCACGCUCAUCGCACAGGAGCCUUCCCCCAGCUGCCCCACCUCACACCUGCCCAGAGCAAGCACCCUUCACCGUGGGGAAGCUACCAGAGCCCCUCCACACCCACAUCCACCACCUGGAGCCCUGGGGGAUAUGGAGGCUGGGGAGGCACACAUGGAGUUAGGGAGUACCGACGUGGGGUCGGGGGAGGAAUGACUGGCCUCAACUCCAUCUCCCCGCUGAAAAAGUCAUUCCCCAACAAUCAGGUUCCUUCCCAGAAGUUUCCCCGAAAUAGCUCUGGCUUCAAUCACAAGGGCUGGGUGGAGGAUGCAGUGAGCCGCAGUGAUAGUGUCUACCCUUUCCAGGAGAGAACCCGCUCCUUUGAUGGUUUCAACAUGCACUCUCUGGAGAACUCCCUGAUUGACAUUAUGAGGGCUGAACAGGAUUCAUUGAAAGGACGCUUCAAUUUCUCUCACCAGGGUGGAGACGGGCCUCUGCCGAUGAAUGCGAGAAGUUAUGGCAGAAGACGAGGUCAUUCCUCUCUGUUCCCCAUGGAGGAUGAGCGUUCUUUUGGAGAGGACGAGACUGUAGACCAGACCCUUGGUGGCCUUGGCUCAGCACACUGUUUCCCUCACCUCAACGGAGAACGCAUAGAGCGUUAUUCUCGCAAAGUGUUUGUCGGAGGACUGCCCCCAGACAUAGACGAAGAUGAAAUCACUGCCAGUUUCCGUCGUUUUGGCCACUUGUUUGUCGACUGGCCUCAUAAGGCUGAGAGCAAAUCUUACUUCCCUCCAAAAGGAUACGCCUUCCUGCUCUUUCAAGAUGAGAGCUCUGUUCAGGCUCUGAUCGAUGCCUGCAUUCAAGAAGAUGGCAAGCUGUACCUCUGUGUAUCCAGCCCUACCAUCAAAGACAAGCCAGUUCAAAUUCGACCCUGGAACCUAAAUGACAGUGAUUUUGUCAUGGACGGCUCCCAGCCUUUGGAUCCGAGAAAGACCAUCUUUGUAGGAGGUGUCCCUCGUCCCCUACGGGCAGCGGAACUGGCCAUGAUAAUGGACCGUCUCUAUGGCGGAGUGUGUUACGCUGGUAUCGACACAGACCCUGAACUGAAAUAUCCAAAAGGGGCGGGGCGAGUGGCUUUCUCUAAUCAGCAAAGCUAUAUUGCAGCCAUUAGUGCCCGAUUUGUUCAACUGCAGCAUGGGGAGAUUGAUAAACGGGUGGAAGUGAAGCCAUACGUACUGGACGACCAGCUGUGUGACGAGUGCCAGGGCACCCGCUGCGGGGGCAAGUUUGCUCCUUUCUUCUGCGCCAACGUGACCUGUCUGCAGUACUACUGCGAAUACUGCUGGGCAGCCAUCCAUUCCCGGGCUGGCCGCGAGUUCCACAAGCCCCUUGUGAAGGAAGGUGGCGACCGACCGCGGCACAUCUCCUUCCGCUGGAACUAAAGGCAAGGGAGAAAAUGUAGGAACGGGGCGGGAUGGAGGGAAAGGGGAAUGGGGCGACAUAUGAUAUGAAUAUUAAUGCACUUUUCUUUUAAGUUAAAAAAAAACUUAAUUUAUAUUAUUAUUUUUUUAAAUUGGGCCCUCUAAACGUAGUAACUGCUAAGAAGAGUAUGAAAUCCCAUUUCUGUUUUGACUUAAAGUGUGCAUGAACAUAUGAAUGCAUUAUAUUUGGAUUUUGAUGUUUUCUUACUUGACUGUAAUUUAGUUUAAGCUGCUUACAUUUGUUUUCAAGAGUAACAAAUUAGAACUGAGGUUCAUCAUACCUAAAUCAGUAUACUGACUACAGAAGCUGCAUUGAAGUGGGUGCGUUUUCUUUUUGCUUGCACGAUUCGAGAACAACUACCAUUUACCAAAGUUUGAGUGCUAAUGGGUUGGGUUUGAACGGAAGAGGAAUGUCGAUUUAGAUGGCAAGUUGAUUUUGUUUCUAGCAGCUCAGUGUUUGGAAAAUGUCACACAUCAGUCUCCCCUCCUGUCUGGCAAGGCUGUGUUUUGAACUGCUCGCAAUGGUUUUAGGUCUUGGUUUAAAAGUAGACGCUUUGUAACCAGAAAGGGCAAACCAAAGAUUGGCCUAAAACGCAUCAUCAAGAGCAGCUGUGGAUGUUGGGUGUUGUCGUCAGGAUAAGGUGGCAUCCUCCGGUGGCACAAGGACUAGUCUGGCUUUUCAGCUCAUAAAGGCCCAGCCCCUCAGGGCUCAGGUAUUGGCAGUAGUAUUUGCUCGCUUUAUAUUGUCAGGGAUAUUAGCACUGGAAGCUAACAUGCUAAUGUAGUACAAACUAAUGGGAAUGCACAGUCCAUUCUCCCUGACCUGUCCUCAUGGUGUACCACUGCACGCUCUACCUGGUUUGGAGCUUCUAUCACAAGUGUUGUGGUUGGAUAUGGUCGUAGCUAGAAUUUGCUGUCACAGAGAUAAAGAUAUUAUUUUAUACAUGGCCUGCUGAUUUUUGUACAGUGUUUUAUAGCUGAUUAUUUUGUCAUGGACAUAUAUACAUUUAUUAUGCACUACUUUUCUAAAUAUUUUUUUCAAUAGUCAUUUUAGGCACAUUUUUCACAGAUGGGAGAACUCCUUUUGCAAUACCUCAUUUUUUUCACUUGGUGAAAAAUGAUUUUGUACCUUUGUUACUAAGAUAUCUGCAUUUAUGGUAAACUUAAUUUAAAAAAAGAAAAAGAAAAUGAAUGAUAUUAAUAUAAUUUUCAAUUAGCUUUUAUAUAUUUAAGUGCUGGUAAAUCUGAAAACCGUCUAGUCUAUUGGUGUGAUUCUGGAGCUUCAAAAAAAAAUAGGCUAGCAUUAGCCGACCGUACAUGCGAUUCUCCUCUGCCCAGUUAAUGAACAUGAUUACAGGAUCCUAAGGCAUGGCGCAAGACCCUUUCUAAAAGAUUUUGAUAGUCUUGGGAAAAAAUAAAUAUAUAUAUAUAUAUUCUGGUAUUUCACUCCUAGGUGUAGUUGAGUAGAAUAAAUGUUUUGGCUUUGGUCAACAUGUAACCACCCUUCCUAUCACCUGAGUGGAUAUCAGCUCUUUGACUAUUUAGUCCCUUUUUCUGGAACUGCCUGUAAGUUCUACUUCUUCUAAGUCUUCUUGGCAUGCAUAAUUAUGUACUACAGAAAUAACAUGGCUAGUGUUAAUGCAGGACCUAACGAUGUACCGCACUAGAUCUCCUUUCUUUUCAUCGUCUCCUUCGAGAUCACCUCUCUCGUAGCCUCUCUUUACAUGACACGGACAUCAUGUUUAUGCAAUCUACACAACGACAACCCUUUUGUAAUGUAGAGGACACUCGCUAGGACGUAGGUGAGAAGACUUGAUCACUUGACCCCCUUUGUGAUGUGGCAUGCUUUGGGACAUAACCUGAAUGUGAUUUAAUGUUGCAAGUUAACUGUGAGCCAUUAUGUGCAAUACUUAUUCUUUCCAGAGACGAGUCUUCGCAGUAAAAGUCAUUGAAUCCAUAAAUCAUGCAGUCACGUUUGUGUUCUCCUUGUAUUUUCUUUCAUGCUGAUGUCUGCAAGUAAAAAAAAAAAAAUAAUUUAUACAUAAAUUUAUUUUUAAACAUUUAGUUUUGUGCUUACUUAUUUUGCUACUACCAUGUAACUGUGAUUGAAAACAUUGUAUAUACAAGGUUGAUAAUGUACUAAGCAUUUGCUAUAUUUUCAAUUGAAAUGUAUAACUAUGAUUUGGAUCAGAUUUUUGUUCUAUUUUUGGGGUGAUGUGUUUAACUUGUUGAUGUGUCUAGUUUUUCUAAUUGCUGUUUUGUGCUCUGCAUUUUCAGAUGCAAAAGAAUAUUGAAUAUGUCUCUUAGUAUUGAUUGCGAAAUUUCAAUAGUUUUUAAUUGUAUGCUGGGAAGGUUAUAUUUAUUAACUUUUUUUUUUUUUUUUUACCUGAUAUCAUUUGGAUUUUUAUUAAGUAAUUUCACCUUUAUACGUAAGUUCUCAUUUUUAUAUUUUUUUUCCUCCUGAUUAUUUUAUGCUACGAUACAGACAUCAGUUUUUAUAGCUGGUUUGUAGAAGUGAAGAAGUAUAAACAAAAGAUCUGUCAUAUUCAUUUGCUGCCAACCUUGUUUGUAACUGUAUGCAUACAUUGAAGUAUUUGUAACGUGAGAUGUUGAAAGAAUAAAACAGCUGUGAGGAAGAACGCGCUGCUUGGUGAUUUCCGAUGCCACUGUGGCGUAAUAUUGUGUUUUCUCCACUUUCACAACCUUUAAGUGUUUGAAGUGUAUACCAGCGCAACAGUUUGGGCUUUUUACUAAAAGACGGAAACAAGUAACGAUCUUAAAAGGCCUCCUUUGCAUCAUACUUUUGCAGAUAAAAAUACAUUGUAAGGUAGUCAAUGCUGCGGAGUAUAAUUGAUGCUAAGUGACAUUUGUCUAAAUGUCGAACAUUUAUAUUCAGACGUCAUGCUAAAAACUUGUGAUGGGUAAAUGCCUUAGUGAGUGUAUGGCACACUCACUAGCUCUAUUGACACUUAACUGACACUGUAUCAGUGUUUCUUAAUGGUCGUCCAUAGAGAUGUCCGAUAUAUUAUCGGCCGAUAAAUGCUUUAAAAUGUAAUAUCGGAAAUUAUCGGUAUCAUUUUUUAAAUUAUCGGUAUCUGUUUUAUUUUUUAAUUUUUUUUAUUAAAUCAACAUAAAAAACACAAGAUGCACCAACCCACAAAACCUCCCUCCCCCAUUUACACUCAUUCACACAAAAGGGUUGUUUCUUUCUGUUAUUAACUGGUUCCUACAUUAUAUAUCAAUAUAUAUCAAUACAGUCUGCAAGGGAUACAGUCCGUAAGCACACAUGAUUGUGCGUGCUGCUGGUCCACUAAUAGUACUAACCUUUAACAGUUAAUUUGACUCAUUUUCAUUAAUUACUAGUUUCUAUGUAACUGUUUUUAUAUUGUUUUACUUUCUUUUUUAUUCAAGAAAAUGUUUUUAAUUUAUUGAUCUUAUUUUAUUUAAUACUUCUUUUUAAAAAGCACCUUAUCUUCACCAUACCUGGUUGUCCAAAUUAGGCAUAAUAAUGUAUUAAUUCCAUGACUGUAUAUAUCGGUAUCGGUUGAUAUCGGUAUCGGUAAUUAAGAGUUGGACAAUAUCGGCAAAAAAGCCAUUAUCGGACAUCCCUAGUCGUCCACCAUCUGCUGGAUUAAAAGUCUCUACAUUUGACCAAUGCUCAAAUCUAUCUGGUGAUCAACUGGAUUUAGGCCCCUUCUAAACUAAGGUUAUCCAGGGUAAAUCCCACCUAACCUUAUCCUUGUCCACACACACAAUGGUCGUUUAAGACCCCCUCACCCCUCCGUCCGCCGGCACAACGCGACCUAGUACGCAUGUGCGGAAAAUGCGCACGUCAUAGUCACCUCCAGUGUUGCUUUGUGUGCAAGUUCUUAAAUGUAACUUAUCUGAACAACAUCCAGUGUUGUGGUAUUUCAAUCAACUGGAAUCCAGUGUGCUGUGGGGCCCUUUUGUAGUGAAUCACACCUGAGGCAUCUUAAAUUAAUCAAAUCUUUAAUGGACACGUGAAAGUAAACAAUGUCAUAAAGAACAUUUAACAACAAUCUAACUAGGGAUCUAGAUAUCUGGUCAGGACACUCCUCACUGUUUUGCCUUCACCUUCAUUGUCCAUUCGUUUUUGGUGACUCUAUAUACUCUGGACCUAGACGUUGAGUCCGCGACAUACAUGGCGGACAAUAACUGAUACAGUCUGCUUUGCCAGUCCAAAAGCAUUCGCCGUUUUCCGCAGUCUUCCCUCGACGGCCAGGUAAUACAAAGCACACGCUACCUUUUUUUAUCACAUCCACGGGAGCCCGCAUUCUCGUUGUCUUUCCUUCCACAAAUGGACAAAGUUUUUCGGUAAGUAGAAUCACAGCUGACCUGGACUUUCGAAAAUUCUCUUGCCGUCUGAGAAGUGUUGUAUCCGAAAUAGCUGCAAUCGCUUUCUCUUAAGGCAGUGGUUCUUAACCUUGUUGGAGGUACCGAACCCCACCAGUUUCAUAUGCGCAUUCACCGAACCCUUCUUUGGUGACAUUUUU